CACAGUGUGUGGUGGGACAGUGAGAGACAGACUAAGAGGCAGGCAGAAAGGUUUUGGUGAGAAAGAGAGAGAGAGAGAGGCAGAGGAAGUGAUAGAGUGAUAGAGUGAUACAGAGUAAGGUCACUGAGGAUAGAGUGAGGUAGAGAAGGUAGAGAGUCAUAGAGAAAUAGUGGGAGAGAGAGAGAGAGAGAGAGAAAGGGAGGCCCAUUGUGGAUCUAAUAAUCCGGUGAAGGUGCUCAUCCCUGAAGACGAACGUGCUGGUCAGAAGUUCACCAUGGCAACCAAAAUAGUAAGAUACCGGGUUCAGGAGGAGGAGGAGCAUCAGCUGUCUCACAGCAUGGCCCUGUCCUCUCAGAUCAAGAAGAAGAAGUUCAAAUCCAGUGAUGAAGAAGCCUCUCUCAGUGAGUACUAUCCCAUCAUCCCCGGCGACGUGAUGUCUGUGAAGGAACUUAUGACCGACCCCAAGUUCCCACGCCAUAGGACCUGGGAGGUCCUGAAGGAAACCAUGGCUGAUGAUGAGCUUCGUCAGAGGGAUAAGUGGACUCUGUUUGGUAACGAGGCUGAAAAGGUGGAGAUUGGUGUGAUAAGGAAUCAGCAUGUGGUCCGUAAACGAGUGGACCGCAUGGCUCUGCGUAGAGAGGCGGAGAGGAAGUGCUCCCUGCAGCUGAAGUUUCUGGAGGAUUUGAGCAGGAAGGAGCCGGACUUCCCCGUCCCCCUGCGUCCCCACACCGUGUGGGAGGGCAUGGCCGUCAAGCUGUCCUGCACCGUGCAGGGCUGCCCCGCCCCACAGGUCACCUGGUAUAAGGACGGCGUUCCUCUGAGAGUUUCCUCACAGCCCUGGAAUUACAAGCUGCUGCAGAAAAUCGGCCUCAACACCCUGGAGAUCAGAAGGUGUAGCGCCGCUGAUGCUGGAGAAUACAAAGCCGUGGCAAAAAGCUCCUUAGGCGAGGCGACCACCUUCGCCACCCUGGUGGUGAACUCCUAUCAAGGAGCUAAGGCGGGCCUGAAAAUUACCAAGACUGUGGCUCCGCUGGUUGAGACGGAGGCGUUGUUUGACUCUACUUUUCCUCCGUCGUUUGUGAAAGAGGGAGAGACUCUGGUUCUGAGCUGUGGAUUCACCUCUCCUCUGCUCCCAUUUCAGCAGGACGUCUCCUGGUUCAGAGACGGUGAGCCGCUCCGCCCGUCGGGUCGGGUGGAGGUGCAGACGGCGCUGCGCUCCAGUACCCUCACCCUAAGAGGAGCCCACAAGGAGCACGAGGGGUUUUACUCCACCCGCCUCCAAACCCGAGACGGUCCCCAGGAGCACUCCGCCUUCAUCUACAUCAGAGACGGUGCUGCUGCGGUGGUGGGAGCGGCCGGGUCUCCUCUGCAGGUGGAGUGCUCUGAUGUUAACAGGGAUUACGUGUUCCUGAGCUGGAAGCCGCCCAGCGCGGACGGCGCGGCCCCGGUGCAGGGCUACUAUAUCGAGAGGUGUGAGGUGGGCUUGUUGAAGUGGAGCCGCUGUAACGAGGUGGUACAGAAGGUGUGUUAUUAUCCAGUGAUGGGUUUACAGGAGAACACCAUGUACCAGUUCAGAGUGUGCGCCGUUAACCAGGCCGGUGUGGGGCGUCCAUCCAAACCCACCGAGCCCAUUCUCACCUCUGACCCCAUGGAGCCCAGCAGGACUAUGGUGGUGAAGGUGGAGCGGGGGAGAGAGAUAGUGAUCACCAAGGACCAGCUGGAGAGUCAGAUCCGUGUGCCGUUCCCGCCGACCGGUGUGAGUGUGUGUGAGCUGAGCGACUCCUACGCCGUCAUCAGCUGGACUGAACCCGACCCACGCGGAAAAGAACCGCUCACGUACUUCGUAGAACGGUCCAUAGCCGGGAAGAACAGUUGGCACCUUGCCAGCAUGGACAUGACAGUCCAAUCCACGAGAUUUGCCGCAUUCGACCUGCAGAAGGGCAAGUCCUACUGCUUCCGGGUGAGAUCCAUCAACAAGUACGGCAUCAGCGAUCCCUCUGAGCCCAGCCAGCCAAUCACACUGGGAGAACCACUGGGUGUACCUGCUGCCCCUCACUGUAUUCAGGCCGUUGCAGACACAGAUAGCUCUGCUGUUCUAUUGUGGAAAGAGCCUAAGAACACAGAGGGCAUUCUGGGAUACUAUCUGUACUGCAGCGAGGUGGGAACCUCCAAUUGGAGAACCAUAAACAACAAACCGGUCAACGGAACCAGGUUCACAGUGCAUGGACUGAAUACCAACAAGGAUUAUGUUUUCCGGGUGAAAUCUGUAGGCCGAGCAGGAAACAGCCACUAUUCUGAAGAAUCCCAGCCAGUUCGCAUCAAAGCUGCCAAAGUUGUUCCGUCUCCUCCGUCUGGUGUCUGUCUGCUCCACUGCUCUGGCAGUGAGAUGGUGAUUGGCUGGAGAGCUCCGGCCAAUCAGGGUGGAGAGGCGGUGAAGGGGUACUUCCUGGACCAGCGGGAGAAACCCCAGACUGUGUGGAGGGAGGUGGACCCCAAACCUGUUAAAGAGAGGGUUUAUAAGGUAUCUGCUCUACUGGAGGGUCACUAUUACCAGUUCCGACUCUUUGCAUCCAACAUGAUCGGCCUCAGCAAACCAUCCCAACCCAGCGAAGCUUUCCUGUGUGAACCCUGGACCAUGCCUGAACCUGGCUGCCCGUAUGACCUGGAGCUCAGAGAGGUGAGACGAGAGUCUCUGGUGGUGAUGUGGGCGGAGCCUCUGUACCAGGGCCAAUCACAGAUCACUGGCUAUGUGGUGGAGAUCAGUCAGGGGGAGGAGUCAGAGGACUGGACAGAGGUGACUCAGGAAUCAGUCACAGACAGACACCUGAAGAUAUCCGGGCUGCGGGCCGGUCAGACGUAUCGUCUACGUGUUUCUGCAGUGAACAGCGCUGGAGUGGGAAGACCAUCACUGCCAACUGAACCAAUCACAGCCCAGACCAAGCCAGGAACGAAAGACAUGGAGAUCGGUGUGGAUAACGACGGCUUCAUCUUCCUGAGCUUCCAGGCGUCUGAGACGGCAGAGGACGGUCAGUUUAAAUGGAAUAAGAACUACAGAGAGGCUAUUGAUGCGGGACGAGCUCACCUGGAAACCAAACACAAAACAUCCGUCCUAACCUUCACCGCUGCCUCGGAGGAGGACCUGGGCCUCUACACGGCAGAAAUGAUGGACAGUCCUGACGUCUCCUCCAGCUACAACUUCACCGCUGAGGAUCUGGAGAGGCUGACGGAGCUGAGCUGGCAGAUCAGAAACCCGUUGAUAGCUCUGAGGUCUGAAGGCUGGCAGGUGGAGGUCUCUGAUCAGGGAGCAGUUCGGCUGUGGCUGCAGACGGAGCCUCUGUCCAGCUCUGCUGACCUGCGCAUGAUCCUCAACGACAGAGAGAUAACCAGCACUCCGGCCCGAAAGAUCAACUUCGACAAGCCGAAUGGUCUGGUGGAGAUUUUGUUUGAUCAGUUGUCCAAAGAGGACGAGGGGUCGUACACGGCACAGCUGAAGGACGGUCGAGCCAAGAACCAGUUCACCCUCGUACUGGUAGACGAGAAGUUCAAGCAAACCCUGGCCAAAUCUCAGGCCAAGCGGCGGGACUGGAAGAGACGCUCAGGACCCUAUUUUGAGGAGUUUUUGUCCUGGACUGUGACGGAGGACUGCGAGAUGAUCAUGAAAUGCAAGGUGACGAACAUGAACAAGGACUCGAAGCUGAGGUGGUUUAAGGAUGGAAUGGAGUUCACCCAGGCUGUGAUGGAGCCGUCUGGAGUCAGCACCUUUACUGUACCUCAGGUGACGAGGAAGGAGGCUGGAGUUUACAGGGCUGUGGUUUCUGACAGCAGAGGAGAGGAUGAGAGUAUACUGGAGCUCGUGGAUACAGAGUUUGAGAAUCUCCUGCAGCAUCUGAACAGACAGUGCGCUCUCUCAGCCAGCCCCCUGGGGAUCCAGUGCACAGCGGCGGGCUUCAAACUCUACUGCUCUCUGAAGUACUAUCUGAGCUACAUGAAGACCAGCUGGUACUUCAAAGAGAAGAAAAUGGAUCAGGACGAGAGGAACGCACCCGGCAGCAGCAUGCAGAAAGUCUGGAUUGAGAUAUUUAACCCCACUGAAAACGACAAAGGAAAGUAUACUCUGGAGAUGUUUGACGGCCAGGAGACACACAAACGCCAUCUGGAUCUGUCCGGCCAAGCUUUUGCAGAUGCUCUGCUGGAAUACCAGAGGCUGAAGCAGGUGGCGAUUGCUGAGAAAAAUCGUGCCAAAGUCACAAAGGGGUUGCCAGAUGUUGUGGCCAUCAUGGAAGGCAAGUCUCUGUGUCUGACCUGUUUUGCCGACGGUGACCCCGCCCCCGAGAUGUUCUGGCUGAAGAAUGACCGAGAGAUCACCUCCACCGGUCAGUACCACAUCGCUCACGAGAACAAGUGCACCACCAUCACCAUCAGCUCCGUCACCAUGGAGGACUCCGGGAACUACAGCAUCUUCGUGAGGAACUCGUACGGCUCGCAGACGGUCCACGUGACGGUCAGCGUGUACAAACACGGAGAGAAACCGCGCGCCGGCGCCGUCGAGAUGUAGGCAGAGAGGGGCGUGAGUGUGUUAGCAGUAGUGGUAAAGGCUAAGCUGAUAUCCCAUAAUGCCCUAGUUGGGAAUCAUUAAAAUUCAGUGUAGAUUUUUAAGUAGUAGUAAAGAGUGUGAUGUGAGCAUGCUCAGUAGAGUCACACCUUUACCAUUGGCUUCUGGCACCAUCUGUUUGUAACAUCAGUGUGUAGUCACU